AUGGGCGACUGGAGCUUUCUGGGGAGACUAUUAGAGAACGCACAGGAGCACUCCACGGUCAUUGGCAAGGUUUGGCUGACGGUCCUGUUCAUCUUCAGGAUCCUGGUACUGGGCGCCGCAGCCGAGGAGGUGUGGGGAGACGAGCAGUCGGACUUCAUGUGCAACACGCAGCAGCCCGGCUGCGAGAACGUCUGCUACGACAAAGCCUUCCCCAUCUCCCACAUCCGCUUCUGGGUGCUGCAGAUCAUCUUUGUGUCCACGCCCACCCUCAUCUACCUGGGCCAUGUGCUGCACAUCGUGCGCAUGGAAGAGAAGAAGAAAGAGCGGGAGGAAGAGCUGCUGAAGAGCGACGGGUCGGCUGCACGCUGUGGGUCGGGCGGCCACAGCCAGAAGGAUAAACCACCGGUGAGGGAUGACCGGGGAAAGAUCCGAAUCGCCGGGGCCCUGCUCCGGACCUACGUCUUCAACAUCAUCUUUAAGACACUGUUCGAAGUGGGCUUCAUCGCUGGGCAGUACUUUCUGUACGGCUUUGAGCUGAAGCCGCUGUACCGCUGUGACCGGUGGCCCUGCCCCAACACAGUGGACUGCUUCAUCUCCAGGCCCACGGAGAAGACCAUAUUCAUCAUCUUCAUGCUGGCAGUGGCCUGCGUGUCCCUCUUACUCAACAUGCUGGAGAUCUACCACCUGGGCUGGAAGAAGCUUAAACAAGGGAUGACCAACUAUCGCUCAGACACCCCUGAAUCCAGGGUGGGGGCCACAAAACCUGGGGGUGUAAGCCCACUCCUUCUUCCCUCCCACUCGGCCCCGCCCACGGUUACCAUCGGAUUCCCGCCUUACUAUGCUCACUCUGCCUCUUCUCUGGGACAGGCCACAGGGGCGGGCUACCCCGGGGCCCCUCCACCAGCAACAGACUUUGACAUGGCAGCCCUGUCCAAGGCCCCUGGGAAGGACCACCCUGCCAAGUUCUACAACGGCAACCACCACCUGCUAAUGACAGAACAGAACUGGGCCAACCAGGAGGCUGAGCAGCAGACUUCUGCUAGGAAGGCCUCCCUUCCAGCUUCGGGUUCUGCAUCCCUGAGCCCUACAGGCAGCACCAAGGAGCUCCCUCAGGAGGGUGGUGUGGGAAGCAGUGCACCUGGCCUGUUGGAGAAUGGGAACGGCAGCAGCUUGGGAGAGAGCAAAUUGGAAGUGACUCCCGAUGAUGGAGAGGAGCAGCCAGUGACCACCGCAGUGGAGAUGCAUGUGCCUCCCUUGCUCCCAGCAGACCCCGGCCGAUCAAGCAAGGCUAGUAAGUCCAGUGGCGGUCGGGCCAGACCCAAUGACUUGGCCAUCUAG